GUCGCGGUGGCUGCCUAUUGCGUAUGUCAACCAUAUGGGGCUCAGCAGAAGAUCUACCAUCGUCAGCCGGCAUCUCUCCUCGAGCAAUCAUUAAAUAUUAUUCAUCGUCUUACGACGGGGCCCCCGAGAGGAUGAGAAUGGACCACGAAAGAGAUCUCUAUCCCGUAGCAUUCUGAUCGGUGCGCCAGUCGUGUUCGGGAUCUCGAGUAGAGCGGUCGCAAUUUCUGGAAGCCCAUUCUGGACUCGGUGAUAGUGGAGAUGACUGUUGGAGAAGACUGUUGUAGCAGCUAAGGAUAGGAUAGUGAAUGGAACCUAUUGGGUGAUAGUGAAAAGAAAAGUGCACGAUUGAUAACGAGAACCCAGCGAAGUACAACAAAGUGGGCAACGAACGACGGUGAUAACGAUCAAGUUACUUAAUCCGUGACCUAAGUGCAAGUCGGUCAGAAUAAAGGCUACUAAAUAUAGUGAUCGAUUAUCAAAUGUUGAAAAACAAACAGUGAAAUCAGAAAAAUGCAAUCUAUAUUGUUGGCUCUGGGAGCCAUAGCGAUAUGCUCUGGAAUAGCCGCAGGGAUUAAUCCAAGGGAUUUGUACAGCUACAUCAACGAACCGAGCGAUGUCCUACCACGAGGCGACGAGGAGUACGCAGAAGUUCAGCUGGACGUGCCAGCCCAUUUCUACAGUGAAAAAUACGAAUUCGUAUACAUCAACACCAACGGCAUCCUGACGUUUGGAUCUGAGUUUCAAAAUUAUCUCAAUUUGCCGUUUCCCAUCGAGUAUCCGGCGGUAGCUCCGUUCUACGCGAACGUGGAUACCACGCUGCCGAACGAUACCGCUGCCAUCGUGUAUUUCAAAUCGAAUGACGAGGAGCUGCUGCACCGAGUGAGCGAUCUGGUACGCGUGAACUUUGCCGAAUCGGAAGACUUCGAUGCUCGACAGGUGUUCGUUGCAACUUGGGAACACGUGGGUCACUAUGACAUGAAGAACGACGUUACGAACUCGUUCCAAGUGGCGCUGAUACUGGGUGAUGAGGAGACAUAUGUACAGUUCUUGUAUCCUGAAAAUGGCCUCAACUGGAUACAGGGUGACACAAAGGACUCGGGACUACCAGACGUGCGUGCCCAGGCUGGGUUCAUAUCCGAGGAUGGACGAUUUUUCCCUCUGCAGGGCUCCGGAACUGACAACAUCAAGCACCUUACGGUAUCGUCUAACGUGGGUGAACCGGGAGAGUGGUUGUUCAAGGUAGGUCCUUUCGAUCAAGAAGGCAAUGUACAGGAACCUAGUGUGCAUGAUGACGGUCCCCAUGAGCCACGCAGCUGUGCCGAUGGAGGUCAUUUCAAAUGUCACUCGGCAGCUACAUGCACGGAUACGAGCACCGGAUUCUGUUGUUCGUGCAAGCUUGGAUAUUACGGAAAUGGUUACAGCUGUGUGAAAAACGAUGUCCCAAUGCGUGUGAUCGGAUCGGUGAAAGGUACUCUGAACCAUUGGACGAUCGAUAGUCAAAUGCAAUCUUAUGUUGUGAUGGCUGAUGGAAGAACCUACACCGCGUUGAGUCCUUUAGAUGAUGAUCUUGGUACAACCCUACAGCUGACACAGGUUAUUGGUGCAAGUAUUGGAUGGUUGUUCGCCAAACCUAUCGGUAAUGUUCUCAAUGGGUAUCAGAUCACCGGAGGAAAGUUCAACCAAACAACCACAGUCAGCUUCCAAGGAUCGCAUGAUAACCUUCGAAUCGAUCUACGCUUUAAUGGACUGAAUCUGUGGGAUCAACUGGCUGUAGAUAUCACAAUUGAAGGUCAAGUCGCGCAAGUUCCAUUUGGAAACAAAGUCCACAUCGAUGAUUACUCGGAAGUGUAUCAACGAGUUGGCAGAGAUCGGCUUGAGGCAUACACUUCUCACAAAAUGCAUAUUCCACCGGAAGAUCGUGAAGUGGACUACACCAUGCAUCAGAUCAUUUCGUUUGAACCGUGUCCAUUUUUGGAACUGGAAGAAAAUACAGCGAACCGGAUGACUACGCUGAAAACCAGCAAAGUCAAUCUGGGUUACGAACCCCGAGAAAAGGCCAUUCGAAUGGGAAUGCUAAGCAAGAUCAGCUCCGGCGAAAAGGUGAAUCCCUGCGACGAUGCGAACUGUGGAGACAAUACUGUCUGUGUUCCGAAUGCUGACGAUACCUACGAUUGCAACUGUAAGAACGGGUUCACAUACGUUCCCUACAACAACAACGAUCGUGUGAACUGUGUCGACAUUGAUGAGUGUUCGGGUAUCAAUAUCUGCGAUGAGCAUGCGGAUUGCAUCAACGAACCUGGUGGUUACAAAUGCAUCUGCUUCGAAGGAUACGAGGGUAACGGAUAUCAGUGCGAUUUGGUGGAUGCCAGUGCCAGUUCAGUAGUGGUCCCUACUCCUGCCAACACGUUCUACGAAGUUCACUCAUAUGCUCCAGAUCCCAGGGAGGAUCAUUGCGAGCACUGCUCGGAAUUCGCAGAUUGUGUCAACGGACGUUGUGAAUGUAAGGCAGGAUACACAGGCGAUGGCUACGUGUGUGAAAAUCCGUGUGACGGAGAUCAAGUAUGGAACGGUGAAGCCUGCGUUAAGCACGGGUCUAACGAAGAAUAUGAAAUAGCACCAUUCUGCACAGUUCAGGGAUGUACGUGUCCAACUGGCUACACCCUGAUCGAAUAUUCGUUUGAUCAAAUUUGUCGUUUGGUUGAAAUUCAACCCGAUGAACAACAUCUGCCAUCAUGUGAUGUAGAAAACCACUGUAGUCCACUAGCGAACUGUGAAUGGAACGAACAACAGUACCGUUACGAUUGUGUUUGUAACCCUGGCUACGAUGGAGAUGGUUACACUUGUGUGGAGAAGGAAGUAUCUUGCCUAGAUGAGGAAGACAUCUGUGAUCAGCACGCUUCGUGUAAUUACAACGUCCACUCGAAGAAAUCAGUGUGUGUCUGCAACAAUGGAUACAUCGGUGAUGGCCGCACUUGUCAUCUUGCCCCGGAAUGCUCUAUAGAUGAUGACUGUGGAAUGCAUUCAGUGUGCCAUGAGGGACUAUGCGUCUGCCAAGAUGGAUACGAGCGAGAUGUAUCGGACUUUUGUGUGCGGGCUGGAUCAUGCGGAGGUGCUUACUGUGCUGACAAUGCCAUCUGCAAGUACGAUCCUCAUCAGAACAUUCCGUAUUGCUAUUGCCCGGAAGGUUUCGUUGGAGAUGGUGUUCACCAGUGUAAAUCUAUUCCACCACCAUGCAACGUGCGCAACAAUUGUGGCCUUCAUGCCACGUGUGGACCUAACUUCAGGGAGCCAUCCAAAUAUGAAUGCACCUGUAAUCCUGGUUUCUUUGGAGAUGGAUUCGUUUGUACUCCGGAACGCAAUUGCGUCAAUAUACCAAGUCUUUGCGACCCCAACGCUCAAUGUGUCAGUACCACUUCGGGAUAUCAAUGCGCCUGCAAUCAAGGAUUUAUCGGUAAUGGCAGCGUCUGUAACACAGCUCCCCGUCUCGAGUCUGGGUUCCUCUUGAUAAGCCAAGGUGUGGCAACCGUGAAACUUCCCUUCAAUGGAGGCCGUGGUGUCCCAGUGACUAUGGCUCAGAUGGCUAUCGGUGUGGACAAGGACUGCGCCGAAGGUCGAAUCUACUUCAGUGAUAUUUCUGCUAAGCAAAUUUUCAGCUGCAAAUACGACGGAACCGACCGUAAGCCCUUCAUUACCAAAGAUAUCCUGUCACCGGAAGGUGUAGCUGUGGACUGGAUAUCUCGACGACUCUACUGGACAGAUUCAGCCAAAGAUACCAUUGAGGUUGCCAGCUUGGAAGAUCCCAACCUAAGAGCCGUAAUUGUAUCUAAGUAUCUGGUAAAUCCAAGAGGCAUCGCAGUUGAUCCUCAUCAGAGCAAAUUGUACUGGUCCGACUGGAACCGCGAAGGACCGAAAAUCGAAUGGGCGAAUCUAGAUGGUACGGAACGUCAAGUGUUGGUUAGUGGACCUCAAGUUGAACUGCCGAAUAGCAUACAGGUUGCACCGGGCACGGGCGAGCUGUGCUAUGCCGAUGCCGGUACUAAGAAAAUUGAAUGUGUAGACACCUACACCAAGCACGUGAGAACCGUUGCAAGCAACCUUACCUAUCCAUUCGGUUUGGCCGUUACUGACGAUCACUUCUAUUGGACCGACUGGACCACCAAAAAGGUAGAAUCCAUCAACGCUUACGGAGAGCGUGAGAAGGGUAUUCCAUCUCCUGUCUUUGGCAGUCACAAGAUGUACGGCAUGACGGCGGUUACCGACAAGUGUCCGCUGUUCUACAGUCCUUGUGUGGUGAACAAUGGUGACUGCACGGAGAAAAGAAUCUGUCUGUCGAACCCCCGUGCUCCAUCGGGAAGGGGCUGCAAGUGUGCGGACGACAAUAACUGUAAUGAUGUAGUUUUGGACUACUAGAAGAGGCUGGUCGAUCAUGAAGUUUAGUGCCAUAAGUGAAUUAUUGAUAAUAAUUUUACACAAAGUAUGCCUUUAAAAUGCCGUAGAGUAGUAAUAUAAGAUUGUAAAAUAAAUAAAAACAACAAAACUA